AUGCUUCUUCGCAAUGAUGGUAAAUCUCGUACUGCCUUCCUACCCGGAGAAUGCAGGGUGUUUGUCUCUCAUGCUCUAGCCAUCCGCCGAAUGAAAAAGGAGUCGUCCAACUCUGUGGGACAUGCCAGGGUAACUUGGGACGGCGCUAUAUCUAUGCUGAGAGGCUUAUUUGUCCUUUCUCAUGACCGUCCUGAUGAUGGUGCCGACUUCCAGCAUAGGACUAUUUGCACCAAGGAUUGUCAACGGGCUGAGAUACGAAGGUCGGGGAGGGCAGCGCUUCAUUGUACCGCCGUUUGCAGACACUACUGUCAUAAUGCCAUGGAUUGUGGACAGGUACCGAGUGUGAUCAAUGUGUGGAAUGGUAUCAAUGGCUUUGGUGGGUAUGACGUUCAUUGCACAGGCCUACCGCCGCGGUGGUUCAAAGUGCACUAUACGAUGUUCUCCUUAUGGAUUGUGUUCUGGGUCGGGAAGUCUAAGGGAUACAAAUGCAACGAUGUUGGCUAUUUCGUUCUGUACGGUGUUUAUGACGGUGGGCAGAUAAUUGAUACGUUGUUUCCCAUGAGGCCUCCCUUGCGUGUAUACUUACCCUUGGCAGGAAUCCUUAUAUACAUACCUAGCGAAGCACCGGAAUAG